GCCGUGCUGGUGACGUGUUUUUCGGUCUCCUGAGGACUUUGGGCUCUAGAAAUAAGUACUAUACAAGAGUGAUGGCAUACCCAUGACGCGGGACGAAGCACAGUCGACUGUCAGCCUGAAAAGAUUCCGAGGACAGGUUCGCAGUGUUAAUAGUUGAGACAAGUAGGCACGAUUAAAGCAAUGCUAUCUAUAAAUUCGAUUCGUCAGUAUUUAUUCGAAUAGUGGUGCGGUACCUUACGAACGACGACAAAAAAGGGCGUCCGACUUCCGCUCCGCGUUUUGCCUGGCGCGCGGUCGGAUGGUCGUCCCUCGAGCGCACCUGGCGAAAGGUUUGUGACCUCAGUGCCGGUUUCCCGGACAUAUUUGAAACCUUUACUUACCGAACACCGCAUGCUGAAGUAUAGAGUGAGAAUCCAGCAGAAAAUAACGUGACAGGGACCUUCAGGAGGCACAGCGUAACCAGGUAACAGCGCCGAGCGGGCCCCACGCGCCGAUUCACAUUUGUGGUGCUUGGCUAGCUCCUCUUUGCUGUGCAUCCGUCUACUCGACAGGGACACCACAGUUUUGUUAUCGGUUUUUCGCGUCAGGGCAAAAAUGUUCGAUUGAGGUGCGUUUUCCGGGACUUGAGGAAAGCAACCUCUAGAGCAAGACGCAGGAACUGGGUCAAAGCUGGCGCUUCCAUCGAGGAAACCGACGGGCGCAGCUGCUCCGCUCGUCCAGUUGGCUGUGCCACGUCCAACUGGUGACCAGCUGACUGGCAUCAGGUUACGAUGUCCCAAUAGGCACCGUUUUCCCGUGGUUUGCACAACGUUUGUUCCAUCAACCUCGUGUCAAGAAUAUGUUUUCACGGUUACACCCUAAUGCAGCGUCUUCGUCAAGGUUUUCGAAGGAUCACUAGGCAUGCUCUCAAACAAGCGAACUUCUUCUCUAGCGGACCAUCGAAGAGAGUGGUGCAUCACGUGGGAUGAGACGUUGACGAUUUCCUGAGCAUCAUCCUGAACACUUCAGUUAAAUGCGAUCCGACUAGCACCUGCAGGCGUGGCCAGCAUUCCUACAAUCACGCGCAUUCUUGCCGCAGUACAUCGAUGUCGGCCCCCCAGAGGACCAGUGGCACGUCGUAUAGGACAAAAAGCGCCAUUAGGCGUUGUGCCGGUACAUAGGGAGGUAGGAACGCUUUGCCAGAACGAGCGUUGAGUGCGCCCGCCUGCACUUGAACGACUCUUCACAUAUCCUCACUAUCCGUUCACAACUGAAGAGAGCGGUGCCGGUGAUACAGACUUGAGCUGGUCAACAAACCAGAGUCGCUUCUUCCCUCUGCGGAUCGGAACGAUGCAGAAGCGGGAUUCCGGGGAUCAUUGCACGCGCGCCUCUAGCGGGAGACCAUCUCUAUGCGAUGUGGAUGUUCCCUCCGAAGACCAGCCGUCAUCCCAAGUUCUUCGGUCGAACAACAUCGACGCACCCCCGACGCGUGAACUCCAGCGACAAGGGCAUAUCAGUUAUGACGCAAAGGAGUGGACUGGACGAAAUCACAAGUACAAACAGGAAGUUGUUCGCUACGGCAAUUUCGCUCUUGCACUGGAGGCGGAGGUCAACAAGCUCGAACAACAGUUUGAAGCAGAGUCGAACGAGUUUCGCUUUUUGUGUGAGCAAGUUGAAGCUGCCCGCCAGGAGUAUGAAAACUUGGAGGCUGCAUACAAACAAGAGCAGCGGGAAAAGGAAGACGCAGAGAGAGCUCUUGUUAUGGCCCGACGAAGGAGAGACUCGCAGCAGAAAAAGCGUGAAGCCCUAAAGAAGGAUGUUCGCGAAUUAAUGAAAAAUUUGUGCAAAACGCAAGAGGAAGCUGAGAGGAAGUAUAUUAGGUACCUGGAGGCGUGGUCAGAGAAACAGAGGGUUCUCCAGGACACGCAGCGGAUCGAAGCGGAGAGGCAAGCUCUUGAGAAAACGAGUGAAGGCGGCCUUCGUGAAGUUCAGAAACUGGAGGAAUCCAUUAUGGGAAUCCGGUUCGAUUUUCAGCAGGACUGGAGCGAUGCAAAGGAAAUCGACGUUACCGGUUUGCUGCGGGUGACAAAAUCAAGACCUGGCGAGGAAAACUGGUUUGCCGCACGGACACGGGCGAUGCCCAAGACAAAGAUACCCAGAUGGACGAAAACGAUGUCCCCCCCUUGAGAUAACAGUAAUUUCCUUUUAUCGUGGGUCUCCCUAGAGAGUGAAUGUCAAAGCUCACGCACUCAACCGGCGGUGCCCAAAGCACGUUGUCCGUUACGUCUGUAUCUGCAAAACCUGGACGGAGGGAUCUGUGCCGUCGCACCAGUAUGCUAAUUACCGUUUUUUUUCAUCUUGCAGAAAUUUUGGAAAUGGUGUAGCACGUACCGUCCACAGCGUCUGAAAAGUGAGACCGUUUUCAGUUUUGGUGAUAACUUUCCGCAGCGGCAGAUUUGUUAAAGCAACGACUGUGGGUCCCCACCCGCGGGGCCGUACCUUUCCUAUUUGAUUGCUAAGACGCGUUGGUUCGGGAAGAGUGGAAAAAACAGUACCACUGGCGUGGCGUUAUGUGGCCGCGAUAUGUCCUAUUUGUUUAAGAGGUGUACAUGCAUUUUCCCGUGUCCCCAUCAUCACCUAACCGCUGUCAAUUUGUUAAAUUGUCGCGUUCAUAGCGCAUCUCUACGUGGAAAUCAACCCCGAUCUCGAAGACAUCACCAAAGCCUAGUCCCGUCCGCAAAAGUAUAUACCCCUACGACACCAGAACAUCCGUGUUUAUAAUUUUUGCGUUGAGGUGGUCUCAAAAGAUGUGCAGCUUGGAGACGUUCUUCCUGUACCUCAACGGUAAGCCGUUCACUGCCUCCUCCACCGUAUGUCACCGAAACGCUUCCAAAC